UGUAAAAGUGGAUAUACUAGUCCAUGUGAUAAAAAGCAAGAUGUUGCUUUCUUUAGGAGGUAAAUAUACUAUUUAUAACUGCUAUUAAAGCAAACUCCAAACGGACUUUUGUUGUACCAGUCAGCCGGGUGUCAUAUUUUGCGACCAAACUCAACAUCUCGGUUUGUGUUCUUUUGCGGCGACGUGAUUACGUCACAGCCACGACAGCAUGAGACGUCUGUUGAGCUUCAGUGUUUUGAAGUUGAUCAGUAACCCUGGGCAGGUUAUCUCACCUGGAUAUUCACUCACAUACACCUCACCUGCUUUCCAUUUCUGCACGAAAUCGACGGAUAAGGACACGCAAAUGGAUCUGAGUGACAUGAGAAAGAAAUAUAAAGACGAUAAGGAGUCUUUUGAAGAGGAUCAGCUCAUUUCCCUCAACCCUAUUAAGCAAUUUGGCGAGUGGUUUGAUCAAGCAACAAAGUGCCCUGAAAUUGGUGAGGCCAACGCCAUGUGCCUUGCAACAGCAACCAAGGACGCGAGGCCGUCUGCUCGAAUGGUGCUGCUGAAAGGUUACAGUAACGAGGGCUUCCGCUUCUUCACAAACUACGAAAGCCGUAAAGGUAAAGAGUUGGAGAUAAAUCCCCAUGCCUGUCUUGUAUUUUACUGGGAACCACUGAAUAAGCAGGUUCGUAUUGAAGGCACUGUGGAGAAAACCACACGUCAGAUUUCUGCCGAGUAUUUUCAUUUGAGACCCAAGAGCAGUCAGAUCGGUGCAGUUGUGAGCAAGCAGAGCAGCUUGAUACCUGACAGACAGUACCUAAGAGAGAAGAAUGCAAAGUUGGAGGAGAAAUACAAGGAUUCGGAGGUCCCCAUACCGGAUUACUGGGGAGGCUACAUUGUCAAGCCGUAUCUGAUUGAGUUCUGGCAAGGCCAAACCAACAGACUGCAUGAUCGUAUUGUUUUUACAAGAGUUAAGGAAGGCGAGACUGAACUCCAGGAGAUGCAACAUCAGGCUGAGGGAGGCUGGGUGUACCACCGGUUAGCACCCUGAUAGGAAACGCUUAUCAUUUCAUGGAUUAAUUACAGUAUAUUAAGAAGUUAAGCUGAACACAGAUGUCUCUUAUUUUGGUAAGAUAUGCCACUUUGUUAAAGUUGUAGUUUUAUCUGUUUCAGACAAAUUGUUAUUGUCCUGUAAAAUGAGUAGCUUUAAAUGUUUGUCUGUAAUGUUUGAGUCUGUUCAAUAGGUUAUUGAUUGACUGACUGUGAUGCCUGUACUCCGUCCUAAAUAACACAGAAUAUAACACAAAGAAAGCAGGAGACAUUUUCACUUGGUAUGGUACUAUGAAUUUGAGUAACUUGUUUUCUGUCAAAAGCUUUGUUGCUUUUGUAUGUUGUAACUAAGGAGGGUUUUUGUUUGUUUGUUUUUUGGCAAAUGCAAGAAGUUCUCAAAAUUCUCACAUAAAGCUGAUCUGGAAUUCCUGAGA